UUUGCAAAGUUCUGGACCUCCUCAAAUCUUUCUCUUACUGUUUCUGUUUUGUUCUCUCUUGCAGACGGUGUGUAAGACGCCGCAGUGCAAUUAUUCGGGUCUACAUGCUCAUCAUCCGCGGGACUGCCUCUUCUACCUUAGAGACUGGGAGCCGACCAGACUACAGGCCCUGCUGCAGAGAAGUGGCGUGGAGUUCAACACAGAUCCGUCUGAUGGAACUCAGACUGAUGCUUGUUGUGUGAUGGAGCAGAAAGAUGAAGCUGGUCAGCAAAUUGAUUCCCCGUGUGGCCUUCAGACAGAGCCGGGACAAGCUGGACUCUGCGAGUGAGUCUCUGACUGAGAAUUGUAUCGAUGAAAAAGUACCUAUGAAUAUUUUAGUUAAAGAAUAGUAUGUAAGCAACGCUGUC